AUGGCAAGGAAGAAGGUGAAGCUGCAGUGGAUAGCGAACGAGUCGACGAGGAGGGCGACGUACAAGAAAAGAAUGAAGGGACUGAUGAAGAAAGCGAACGAGCUUAGCAUCCUGUGCGGAGUGGAUGCUUGCGUGGUGGUAUACGGGCCGUACGAUCGGCAGCCAGAAGCGUGGCCCUCGCCAUGGCAAGCGGCGUGCAUGAUGAAGGAGUUCAGAAGCAAGCCCAGCCUGGAUCAGUGCCGCAAAAUGGUGAACCAAGAAGGUUUCACGCGGCAGAGGAUCUCCAAGGCACGAGACCAGCUGCUCAAGCUCCACAACAAGAAUCGAGCGAUGGAAAUGGAACAACUCAUGUAUGGCUGCCUUCAGGAGCAGCAGCAGCAGCAGCUUCUCAUUAACAAUAUUAACAUGAAAGAUCUACAGGAUUUGACCUCCUUCGUUGAGGAUCGUUUGAAGAUGAUCCAUCACAGGAUUAAUAAUGAAUUUCUAAUCACUACGACGACGCCCGCCAGUAGUCCAACUCCACCAGUACAAGCCCAUCAGCCUCAGCCUCAGCUCACGAGCAUGAUGAAGAAGACGCCCAUAGAGAUGGCCAUUGAAGCCCUGGAAAGACAAGUAUUCACUACUACUAGUGGUAGUAGUACUAGUAGUACUACAGAUCAUAAUGUUGCAGCCGCUGCUGCAGGCACUUAUUAUAAUUCUCCCAUGCAGUACUACCCCGCCGGCCAAGAUGAUCAUUACUCAUCGUCUCACAAUCACAACGGUAAGGGCGGCUAUUCCACCGGCCAAGACCACCCAAUGCUUCCGGCCUACGAUGACCUCAAUUCCAUUUGGGCUAUCAAUGCUUUCUUUCCCUGA